AUGUCUCCUGCCUGUGGCCGAAGAGGGUCUUUGCCGUACCGCAACAUCUGGGCGCUGGCAAUAUGCUUGUCACUCCUCGUCCAGCACACCUCCUCCCAGCUCGUUGGCUGCGACGUGCUCGACUGCAACGGUGGGGCCGACAAUGAAUGCACGCUCGGCAACACGACAAGUUCGUUCAUCGGCACCGCCUCGUUCAACAGCAGCCUGUCCCCGAACAAUGCGCCGCUCACCUGGACCGUCGGAGCCUCGUCGUCCAACGCGAGCGGCAUCACCUUCACAAAGAACUUUUAUCUCGGCUCUCCUCCGUCCAUGAACCUCGCGAGCCCGGCCGGAUUCGCGGGUUGUGCGUUGUUUUUUGAAGGCAUCGCGAGGAGCCUCCCACUCAAUGGUGUCACGGAGUACGGCACCGUCACAUGCUCCCAGACACUGCAAGAUGUUUGUAUCAAUGACCUGCUGGCCCAGGCCAAGAAGCAGGUCCAGACACUCGGGUCGACAAACAAUCUCGACAACGGCGCAGUGUGCACUGCUUUGCAGACUACGAUGGAAGCAAACCCUCCGCAGUCGUGUCAAACGAUAGCAACAGUUACAUGGGGAACCAUCGUCCCGAAAGAGAUUACCGGUCCUCAAUCCCCCGUCGGCGCCCCAAUCGCCCAGACAACGUGCCACCCAUCGUCCAGCGUCUCGAGUGGCUCAAAGUACAACAUCGCCCUGAUCGAGACCCAGACCGUCACCUCGGAAGACGUCUCGAGCGACAUCGCGCCCUUCUUCUACAGCAUCACGCCGGUGCUCACCGUCUUUUACAAGCCGUCUACGUCUUCCGGCUCCCAGACUAUCGCGCUGCCAGAAGCUCAUCUGACGUGCGUCAAGGUGGUCGAGGACUCGACGCUGUCGCAGCAGGUGGGCAACGCGGCCCCGAUGACUGGCUUGCCACGAUCUCUGAUGGCUCUGGUCCUGGCCUUGAGCACACUCGCCUUGCUUUGA